ACAAACGUCCCCAUCCUCUGCAGGGCGCUCUCUCGUUUCCCUCCCUUUCUUCUCUCUCCCCCCAAAAUUUUUAGACCAGGAGGAGUAGAGAGAUCGAGAGCGACCCAAGCAGAGAGGAUAUCGAAACCCUAGCUUCUCGAAGCUUCGUCGACCUGGACUUCCUUCGAUUCGGCGCGAUCUCGAAUGGCUUCACCAGAGGAUGGACCUCGGCGAGAAAGCUUGCCCCCACCUCCUCCAGUCGUACCACCAAACGCGGUGCCCACAAAGGCUGAUCAACCUAAAAUUCCUGUCAUGCCGGAGCCCCCAAAACGACAUCCAAUGGUCAGGCCUGGCGUUGGAACCGAUGGACGGAGAUUAAAGUUGCUUUCCAAUCAUUUUGCCGUCAAGUUCAGUGCUCACGAAGCUGUGUUUUAUCACUACAGCGUUACUAUAAAGUCAGAUGAUAAGCGUGCUGUUGAGGGGAAAGGGAUAGGAAGGAAGGUUAUGGACAAGCUGUAUCAAACAUACAGUUCUGAGCUUGCGGGGAAGAAUUUCGCUUAUGAUGGUGAGAAGAGCUUAUUCACAGUUGGUGCCCUCCCUCAUAACAACUUCGAAUUCACUGUACUAUUGGAAGAAUCAUCUGCUAGGGUUGCCGGAGGAAGCCCAGCACACGGGAGCCCCAGUGAAGGUGACAGGAAGCGAUCAAAACGGUCCCACCAGGCAAAAACGUUUAAGGUUGAGAUAAGCUAUGCUGCAAGAAUCCCAAUGAAAUCUAUUGCAGAAGCAAUCCAAGGAAGGGAUGCUGAACAUACCCAAGAUGCUCUAAGAGUACUCGACAUCAUUUUAAGACAACAACAGGCAAAAAGGGGUUGCCUUCUUGUUAGACAAUCUUUCUUCAGUGGUGAACAUACUAACUAUACAAACUUGGGUGGUGGAGUAACUGGUUGCCGGGGUUUCCAUUCUAGUUUUUGCACCACUAAUGGUGGUCUCUCACUGAACAUGGAUGUUUCCACUACGAUGAUUAUGACUCCUGGCCCUGUUGUUAACUUUCUACGUGAGAACCAGAAUGUAAGGGAACCACAUCAAAUUGACUGGGCAAAGGCUAAGAGAAUGCUUAAAAAUAUGAGGAUCAGAACAACACAUAGCAAUAUGGAAUUUAAAAUCAUAGGGAUGAGUGAACUGCCAUGCAACCAGCAACUAUUCCCAAUGAAAGUGAGAAAUGGCAGGGAAGAAGGGCGGACAAUUAAUGUCACAGUAUUUGAUUACUUUAGUAGGGACAAGAAGAUAGAGCUGACAUGGUCAGCUUAUGCACCAUGUCUUGAUGUGGGCAAGCCAAAGAGGCCCAACUACCUUCCUGUCGAGCUCUGCAAUCUUGUGCCAUUGCAACGGUAUACAAAGGCAUUAUCUUCCCAACAAAGAGCUUCCUUAGUUGAGAAAUCACGACAGAAACCUCUUGAAAGAAUUAGAGUGGUGACUGAUGCAGUGAGAAACAAUCGAUAUGAUGAAGAAUCAAUGCUCUCUUCAUGUGGAAUAUCCAUUGACAAGCAACUAAUACGGUUGGAUGGCCGUGUUCUUACCGCACCCACGUUAAAAGUUGGCAAUGAAGAAGACUGUGUACCACGCAACGGAAGAUGGAACUUCAACAACAAGACUCUCUGUGAGCCCACCAACAUUGAGCGCUGGGCUAUUGUGAACUUUUCUGCACGUUGUGAUAUGAGUCAUCUGUCUCGAGAGCUUAUAAACUGCGGAAUGAGAAAAGGAAUUAACAUCAACCGUCCACACGCCUUAAUUGAUGAGGACCGCCGAUGUAUGAGGUUACAACCAUUUGUAAGAGUUGAAAAGGUGUUUGAAAAGGUGAUGGCGAGCCUCCCUGGUCCCCCACAGUUUCUUCUAUGUGUUCUUUCCGAGAAAAAAAAUUCUGAUGUCUAUGGACCCUGGAAGAGGAAAAAUCUUGCUGAUAUGGGAAUUGUUACCCAGUGUAUAGCUCCAACUAAGAUCAAUGACCAAUAUUUGACAAAUGUACUUCUGAAGAUCAAUUCCAAGCUUGGCGGUAUUAACUCUGUAUUGGCUGUUGAGCGCUCUCUACGCAUACCAUUAGUCACUGAGAUUCCUACUUUAAUUUUGGGAAUGGAUGUGUCACAUGGCUCUCCUGGCCGAGCCGACAUCCCUUCAAUUGCAGCGGUGGUUGGGUCAAGGCAAUGGCCAUUGAUUUCAAGAUACAGAGCUUCUGUAAGAUCACAGUCACCAAAAUUGGAAAUGAUUGACUGUCUGUAUAAACCCCACUCAAAUGGAGAUGAUGGUAUUAUCAGGGAACUCUUGAUGGAUUUCUAUGAAACGAGUCAUGGAAGGAAACCUGCACACGUAAUCAUUUUCAGGGAUGGUGUGAGCGAGUCACAGUUUAAUCAAGUUUUAAAUAUAGAGUUGAACCAGAUUUGUAAGGCAUUUUAUCAUUUAGGUGAAAAAACGCUUCCAAAAUUUACGUUAAUUGUGGCACAGAAGAACCACCAUACGAAAUUAUUUCAGGAUGGUGCCCCUGAAAAUGUUCCUGCAGGUACUGUUGUGGAUACAAAGGUUGUCCACCCCAGACACUAUGACUUCUACAUGUGUGCCCAAGCUGGAAUGAUCGGAACCUCGAGGCCCACACAUUACCACGUACUGAUUGAUGAGAUUGGUUUCUCACCUGAUGAUCUUCAGAAACUUGUUCAUUCACUUUCCUACGUCUACCAGAGGAGCACAACUGCUAUUUCCACUGUCGCUCCCAUCUGCUACGCACAUCUUGCAGCAGCGCAGGUGUCCCAGUUCAUCAAAUUCGAGGAAAUCUCAGAGACCUCUUCUGGACACGCAGGCGUCACUGCUUCUGGGGUUCCCCCUGUUCCCGAGCUCCCUCGGCUCCACAAGAAUGUGAUAUUGGUACUUUUGCAAAGAGUUAGGUGCAGGUUUGCAGAUGGGGUGUAUGGAAUUUGGUGGGUAGCAUCAGAUACAUUUUGUUGUUUAAGCACAAGUCAAUGUCGCAAAAUCUCGUGGACGACCGUUAAAAUCGGCAUAUAGUAAUUUUACUCCCUAGUGAUAUAAUUUCAGAAGAUAUCAUUUUAUCUCGAA